CCUCUCUCACAAAACACCGAAAUCGCCCGUGCAGUGAGGACGUAGUACAUACACAUGACUUUUGCGGAGGACGUGUUAAAAGUUCAACAUAUUUCUGGAUGUAACAGCUUACACGGACAAUUUGGAAACACAACAAACUGUCAACGAAAAUAUUUAGAGUGUGGGUGUUUUAGGAAAUCGAUUUUCCUCACAACACCAAGUCAGUCACAUCAACAAAAAUUAUUCGGUACCGAUCACUGCUUAAAGUGUCUGGUGUAUUUGUAUCCUUCACGGUUGGACUGCUGCUCAUAACGUUGGUGGGACCGAUCCCGAGUGGACUUCGAAUGCGGGGGGGGCGGAUAGCAAUAACUGGUUUACAUGGGUUUACAUGCUCUGUUCGGGAUCAUUUUGAUCACAUCUUAUUAUUGUACAAUUACUCCACUCGCUUUUUGCAACUCAACUGAUAUUCACGGGCAGAUCAAAACGAUUAUUGCUAUGAUUUCAUUUGCAUGACUACCAAUACCACUAGACAAAAUAAUGCAUUGUGCCAGCAUUGUGCUUCCAUUUGAUGUUGACGAAGUUUGGUGAUUUCAAAGGAAUUCCUGCGCAUGGAUGUUUUAUUAAUGAGGACAGUGCGUGACGGACCUACAAUGAUGACACUUGCUUUGAACUUUUGUGAUUUAUAGUUAAUAAUUCUUGAGGAACAUUUUACUGUCUCGAUUCUGGAUGCAAUUUCAAGCUUCUCCUGGGUCAUGUUCGCGAUGAAAUAAGGAAAGGGACAGUCAAACAAUACCAACAAACUGUAAAGGACUAAUUUAUCAUAAUUAGACUUCAAACAUGGCGGAUAUAGAUAUCGAAGAACUUCACACCCCAACGCGAGAGUGGAAGGGGUGGAUCCGAAACCGGAUGACGCACGAAUUGGAGUGGUGCAUCAUCACCGCGGGGUUGAUGGGCGUCUUCCGCGACCCCGAAGCCGAUCGCGCCCGCAUCGUCCUCAACCUCGCCGACUUCGACAUCAAACCUCUAUGCGAGGGAGCGAAGCGAGGCUCGCACGUCUUCACCUACGUCGACGACUGCUACAGCAUCAAGUUCGUGUCGCGCCGAUACGCGCGGAUGAUAUACACGUUCGGCACCGAAACGGAGGACGAUUUUCGGACGUGGUAUCGCGCGCUGACCGGAAGUGACGUGGAGGCGUCAGGCUUGGAUUUGACCCUUGACCUGCUAUCGAGUUCAAGUCCCGGUGAGGUCAAGAGAGAACACAAUGACGCACGUCGGAUGGACAGUGGCUUGGGAGAGGAAUUGUCGCCGGGCGCGAGCCAAGACGCACAAGGGACAAGCAGUGGAGCAAGAAAGUUUGAUACUAUUCAAGAGACAGAGGAUGUUAGAGGUAGUCUUGGAAGCAGUGGCAAGGCAGGAAACGUCACACCGGAGAGUAAUAGUGGGAAGUCAGGGUCUAGCGACUCGCUGUCUGACUCGGGGCAGAGUAAUGCCACAACGCCUGAUUCCGAACUAGGGGAUGAGUUGCCAAAACUCCGCACUAACGCUCAUAAACUUCGAGUAUCUCGCACCGAGCAGUCUCGCUUUAGCGCUCCAGUUGGGGACUUCUCGCUUUGGGAGGAAGUUAUGGGGGAGGACGGAGCGCUCACUAAGACUUAUUCAUUACCCAUGAAAUCACCGCAUCAUGUACGGGCCUCAUCCGACGGCGAGGAGGGGGAUGCCUUCGAAUAUGAACCCUCCUCGACGAAAUCAACACCUGGUCAACAACCUAGUCGAUCGGCGACGACGACACCGACGUAUCGACGACCAGGGCCGGUGACGAGUUACAGCGACCCCUCGAGAAAGAAGCUGGGGUCGAGGAUGACCGUGAAGGCAUCGAAACUCGUAGGCCGAAUGACCCAUCUUCGAUCACAACGACACAAGGCGCCGCUCCCGCAGUCAUCCUUGGUCAACAUCACGGUCGAAGGCGACCUCCUCAGGAAACACAAAAGCAGUCUGGUGCCAUGUUUCUGUAUACUCAGUGGAAAUGUCAUUUACUGUUACAAAUCAAAAGACUCGGAUGAAUUAUCGGAUUUGACCAUCGACGUUUACAAAUACCGACUCUCCAAGCUGACGGCGGCGAAGACGGAAUCGAAGGAACUCGAUUGCGCCUUCGUCCUCACGCCCCACAGCGGCUCGAAAGAAUACGUCUUCAUCGCGAAGGAUUUGGAUGUUGCUCGAAAAUGGUACGGACAUUUAGAGGAUUUAUUAAAGGAGUUGGAGACGAGACAGAUACGAGCCAUGCAAAACUCGGCACCCGAUUUAAGAGGGUCCUUGCCGUUGUUAAAUCAAGGUGGAAAAUACGCGGUUAGCCAGCAGAGCAAGUACACCAAGUCGAAGACGAGGGGUAGUACCUUCAAACGACUUGCCAUUGCCGAGGAGGAGAAAAGGAACUCGAUAGCGGCCCGGAUGUCGAGGGCUAGCUUCGAAGAUGGGUACGGGUUCACGGAGGAAAUGAGCAGGCAUCGAGCUUCGAUGGACGACAUCAUCGAGAAAGGUAGCACCGGCGUCCAAGCCGACGAUUACGAGGAAGAUGCUUUCAUUGAAAUCACCAUGGAUGACGUCUUAAUGUCAAAGGUAAAUAAUGACUCUGAUUACAUUAUUCUUAUGAUUCGGUACUAGUCUUAGAAGUAGUAGUAGUAGUAGUAGUAGUAGUAGUAGUAGUAGUAGUAGUAGUAGUAGUAGUGGUAGUAGUGGUAGAAGAAGAAAAAGAAGCCAGAAACAAGGCCUGGUAAGGAUGUGCUAGUAGAGGAAGAGGCACUACAAGCAGAGUUGUUGUAUAUGAGUAUAGUUGUAGCAGUAAAAAGAAAUUGGACUGCAUAUUCCAUAUCGAAAGAAACUACAGUAAAUGUUAUUUUCAGCAUUCUCAGUAGAAACUUCUUCAGUCGAAGUAGAAGGCUAAAGUUGAUAAGAUCAACCCAUACUACGAAUGACAACGAACAUCUGUUACGUCACCAUGGUAACGAUUCCUCGGGAAAUUGUACAUUUCUCGAAAUGAAACAAAUCCAACCUGCAUGUCUUAGAAGACAGAUAUCACGUAUUUACUUCAUAAUCAUCUUGAUACGAAAUA